AUGUUAUGCGUGUAUCAGCUAGUUCCCAAGACCCAUUUUGCGGCCUAUAGUGGCAUGGUAUCAGUGACGAUCGCGCUUGCAACCAUUGCUGGGCCUAUUGUUGGGGGAGCUCUUGGUAAAGAUACUGCUUGGAGAUGGUUAUUUUACAUGAAUCUUCCUCCAGGGUGCAUAGCUAUGAUACUAGCAGCUAUCUCAAUGCCACCCCAUUUCUCUCGACGAUUUACUGGACUCGAUUUAUCAACAAAGUCGGGCAUGCAGUUCAUGUGGAACAUUGACCUCCCGGGUAUGUUUUUCUUGCUUGGGGGCUCACUUAUGCUGGUGACUGUGAUAGAUGAAACCAACAGUCAUUUUUCGUGGUCCUCUCCCACUGCUAUCAUUUUGGUCAUUAUGUCAGUGAUUUUCUGGGCUGGCUUUUUUGUUUGGGAAAUUCGAAUUUCCGACCCAGAAUUCCAGAUCCGGCCAGUAUUUCCAAAAACCUUUUUUUCCAACUUGCCCCUUAUUGGAAUUUUUUUAACCAGUUUUCUUGUUGGAGUUCCUUAUAAUUCUGUCAUUGUCUACUUGCCACAGCGCUUUCAAGUCAUUAUGGGAGACUCUGCUUUGAUGGCUGGUAUUCGUUUACUUGGAUAUUCUGGGGUCACUGCCUUCUCAUCGACAUUUGCCAUUGGUAUUAGCACAAAACUAAAGGUACCCUUUCUGCCCAUUCUCAUCGUGAGCGCGGUCAUCAAUCUUGCCGGAAUAGUGCUCUUAGCCACUCUUCCGACUUCGGCCGUCUUUCCUCCUUCCGGAUAUGGUUACGAAGUUCUUGCCGGCUGCGGCAUGGGAAUAGCAUAUGGAAUAUCGGUUUUUUCAGUUCCCUAUUUAUUGGACCUUAAGGAUCUCCAGGAAGCCUCAGGCAUUGUUGUUCAAAUGCGAUACCUUGGAAGCUCUGUUGGUGUAUCAAUUUCCUCAAACAUUUUCAAUGGGCGGUUGAAAAGCGGGGUGUCGAGUUUUCUCUCGAAAGAUGCCUACGAACGGCUACUCCACAAUGUUGAAUCUCUUUCAGAUCUCACACGCACAGAUCAGGCUCGAGUGCAAGAAAAUUUUGCUAAGAGCUAUAAGAUCCAAUUCCAGGUUCUGAUCGGGUUUGCAAUAGCACAGCUUGCUGUUGCGUUUCUACUGCUCAAAAGAGGGAAACAAACAAGACCGCUGGAUCUUGCGAGUAAAGGAAUGACAGCUUCGCACAAUGGCGGUACUGCUGGUAACAAGCAGCACAUCAACAACAAUCCGCGAUGA